AUGCCAGCCAUCAGAGGUCCGAAGUCGAAAUCAAAGACGCGCCGCCAUACUCGUGAUCUCGACCAGGUCCACGCUGACUUGCUGUCGAAAAAGCACCUCGAAAAGUACACCGAGACGAAAGCGAAGGAGGAUCUGCCCGGGUUCGGAGAGUGGUAUUGCGUCGAGUGCGCAAAGUGGUAUGAGUCCGAGACCAACUUUGUCAAGCACCAGAAGGGCAAGCCGCACAAGAGACGAGUGCGCGAUCUGAAAGAAGAGCCGUACAGCCAGAAGGAAGCGGAGCUGGCCACGGGCUUGACAACGGACAAUGGCAGGAAGCCAGUCGAGGAGUCGGAAAUGAUCGAUGCGUCGGAGGAUGAGGAUGUAUGA